AUGUGUGAUCCUUGCUGUGCACCUUUUGAGUGCUCGCCGAAAUGUUACACAGGCGCUCAACUGGAUGCUGUACCUCAAUGUGCGCCACGAAUUGCGCCUCCAAACCCGAAAUGUUUAACAGUCCAGCAACCGCCAAGAUUAAUAUGCAAGAAACGUGUAGUGUUUACGGAAAAAGUUGUACCUGAGCCAAUGGUCGUUAACCGUUGCCGUCAAAUAAAAAUACCCAAAGUUGUUGAUACUGCGAGGGUUAUAAAAGUACCAAAAUUGACUUGGGUCUCCCAAAUGGUACGAGAAACUAGAGUUAUCUACUAUCCAUCUAUGGUACCUGAUCCAUACGUAGUUUGCUAUCCUAAACGUAUAUGUGAACCUAGAGAAGUUUGUCAAUCUAUAUUAUGUCAACCGAAGCCCCAAACUAUCGAUAUACCGCCGCCAAGAGGAUAUUGCUGCUAUCUGACUGGGCCGAUAAAUUAUAAGCCAAGCGCCGCUUGCCCACCUUGCCCGAUGGGUCCAUCUUCGCCCUGUGGACCGUGUGUGCCACUGCCGUGCUUUUCAACAAGCCAAUACCCUUGCGGCCCAUGCGGACCUUGUGAUCCGUGCGGACCUUGUGGCCCUUGUGGUCCAUGCGGACCUUGCGGGCCUUGCAGACCUUGUGGCCCUUGCGGCCCCUGUGGUCCUUGUGGACCUUGUGGACCCUGUUUAGCACCUUAUUGUGGGCCUUGCGGAAUGACUUCAGGCCCGUAUGUACCAACGCCUUGUGGGCCUUGUGAUCCUUGUGGACCAUGUGGUCCUUGUGGCCCCCGUGGCCCUUGUGGACCUUGUAGGCCAUGCUUCCCGGGUUGCCCUUACGAGGCUCCCGAAUGCGGACCAUGUUACCCCUGCUUUCCAACGCCCUGGAAUAACCACUGUGGAUCUUGCUCACCUUGCAGUCCUCAAGUGCCUUGUACACCUUGUGGUCCAUAUCCGCGCAGU